AUGCGGGAUCGUGUGCCACACACGCUCCCGCAUCACAUAGAUGUGAACGGAGCCUUACUGACCCUGCUGUAUCCUGAUCCCUCCUUGUUACUCACCCUGGCUGACAUUACCAUGAAGCCUUCCUAUAACAUCUGCACUCAUGGCGUCCGGACCUUCACCCUGGUCUCAGCUGACAACAUUAUGGAGGUGCCCUGCAGUCUGGUGUCCGGAGACAAAGGCGGUGCUAUUCUGAUUACCUACAAAGAGUUUAAUUUCACCCUUAAUGGGAGUUUAUCAUUGACUUCUCAAGUUACUGGACAGGACAACAGGGCGGUGAUCAACUCGAAGGUGGUGACCGGAGCCAUCACAAAUCCUGACAGCCAAAGUCUGAGUAGCCCUGUUACAUUCAGACUUUUCCAUCUACAGGUCAUGAAGCCCUUUUAUAAGGUCACCUGUGUAUUUUGGGACCCUGUAAGUAAUGGCUGGUCAGAUGAAGGCUGUGUCACGGGACAAUCUGAUGGCACACACACCAACUGCUCCUUUACCCACCUCUCCAGCUUUACACUCCUCAUGGCACCUCAUGGAAUCCAGGAGGAUUCUGCUCUUACCAUUCUCUCAUACGUCGGACUGAGCAUAUCUGUUGUCUGCCUGUGUCUGUCUCUCCUCACCUUCAUGCUGUGCCAGGCUCUGAAGAACGCUCACUCCUCCGUCCUCACAGCUCUCUGCGGAUGUCUCUUCCUGGGACAACUUUUGUUUCUGGUUGGCAUCCGCCAAAUCUGGAAUAAGCUCCUGUGUGCUUUCAUUGCUGGUGGGCUCCAAUUCUUGUUCCUCUGUGCUUUCGGCUGGAUGUCCGUUGAGAGUGUCCUCCUCUUCAUGACUGUCCGAAACCUGAGGGCUGUCAAUUACAUGGCCUCCCGAAAAUCAAACUUCCCGAUGUUGUGUCUUCUGGGGUUCGGUAUCCCGGCUGUGAUUGUGGGGAUCUCAGCAGCUGUUCAUCCACAUGACUAUGGGACAGAAAAAAAUUGCUGGCUCAGACAUGAUAUUGUUUGGAGCUUCCUUGUUCCAGUCUGUGCAUUUAUCACAAUGAACACGAUUCUGUUGGUGCUCACUUUUUGGCUCCUGAAGAAGAGGAUGGCAACUCUCAAUGCCAAUGUGUCCACCCUGAAAAAUACUCGGUUACUGACCUUCAAAGCUGUGGCCCAGCUCUUCAUCCUUGGCUGUACCUGGGGUAUUGGCUACUUCCAGUUUGGACCUCAAUCCCUGGUCAUUUCUUACCUCUUCACCAUCUGUAACAGCCUCCAGGGACUGUACAUCUUCCUUGUACACUGUCUGCUCAAUCAACAGGUCAGAGAAGAGUACCGCAAAUUGUUCAGUGGACUUUGUAAACAGAAGAAGCAGAAGAAACAGGAUACGUCCACCAUCAGCACCCUUCAAACUGCUUCUAAACCACAGCUGAUCUCCUCUCCUGACUGUCCUUCUAACUGCACCCUGGAAUCUUCGAUGAUCUUUCAUAAGGAGGUGACCAGUACAGACAACCCUCCAGCCGAGGAGAAGGAGCAGAGCGUGUAG